AUGGACAUUUUUGGAAAACUGAAACAACUCUGCCGUGAAAGAGUGCGGCAGAAUCUUCUGCACCACCUUCCUCAGCCUCGUGCCGCCGCUAUCGCCCCUCCUCUUCACCCAGCUCUCCGCCGCCCGCCAUCAAAAAGCGGAUCACCAGAAGCCCCACCGGUGAAGCCUCGUGCCGCAUACCAACACGACCUCGUGCCGCAUACCAACACGACCUCGCUCCUCGGCCUCCUCGUCCUCGCCGCCGCCGCCGCUCUCCUACAAAGCUUCACCGGCGGCGAGGAGCGCGCUUGGCUCAUCACCAUACGACGCCGUUUGGAUGCCGCGGUGGUUUGGAUUUUCUCGAUGCAAGUCUGCCUAAGUUUGUGGGUUUACGGAUUUGAGGAAGUCGACGAUGAGUCCCGAAUCGGCGGCGGCGGAGUCCGGAGUGUGGUUGUGGGUUUGGGAUUGCAUGAAGCGGUGGUUUUCUGGCGGCGGUAUGUGGUGAGGCCGGCGGUGGAGGAGGCGGUAUCCGGGCUCCGCGGGGAGGGAUUUGGCUGGGGGGAGAAUGUGUUGUUGGCGGCGGCGUUUGGCUGUCUGUGGUGGCGGAGGUUGAGGGGAGAAGCGGAGGAGCAGCUGGUGGCGAUGGGGAAAGAUAUGGAGGCGGUGGAUGUUGUGGAGUGGUUGUUGUGUUGCUCGAUGGCGGCGGUGGGCGGAGUUAGGGUGGUCAAAGGUUUGUUGUGGGUGGUCAAUGGGAUUUUCCGACGCCAUCCGCGGGUCAACGGAGAGGUCGAUGAUAGUUUAGAUUUGACAAUAAAGAUUGAAAGUUGA